AUGGAUAUCGCGAGGGGACGGAUGCUUCACAUCUCAGAAGACGCAGAAGAUCAGUACAUCACACCAAAAUCAGCGAGUAGCCGAUUUAAAGGCGGAAAUGUUACGUUUGAUGUACCGAAGCUUGAUAUAUCAGAAGUGCGUAACGACAGACAUUCUCCUGAAAACGCUAGCCCUCUAAGUGCUCACGUUGCAUUCGAAGAAAUCCCACAUAGUCCCAAGAUUCAGCAAAUUCACCGCGCUACACCUCAUCGUGAAGCCGUAUGU